GGUAUAUUUCUGAGGGUCAGACCGUAAAUUCGAUCCGCGUUCACACUGAUUCCAAUCCAAAUGAACUCUUACGCCACACUUGAAGAUGCCGCCGCCGCCUGAGGAUGAAGCCAUCGCCCACAAGGGACAUUUCUAUGGCGUCUACUUGCUAUGCAGCCAGAGCCUCGAAUCGCGCUAUCGUGCAAAAUGCUAUGUGGGCUUCACCGUCAAUCCCAAGCGACGUAUCAAGCAGCAUAAUCGUGGCUGCGAUUUCGGUGGAGCGAAGAAGACCAGCAAGAAGGGGCCCUGGCAGAUGGUCAUGAUUGUCCAUGGCUUUCCCAACAAUAUCUCGGCCCUGCAGUUCGAGUGGGCCUGGCAGCAGCCCACGCUCUCCACCCGCUUGAAGAUCUUUCCCGAUCUGAAGCGCAAGAAGCCCAAGGAGACGCAUUUUGAUUACAAUUUUAGGAUUCUCAAUCGCAUGCUGAGCGUGGGGCCGUGGCAUCGUCUGGCACUCACCAUCCGCUGGCUGGAAACGGACUAUGAGCGUGCGUUUGACCUGCCGAUACCCUGCCACAUGGAGAUUGUCAGCGGAAAGGUGUCCAUCUCCGCCUCGCAGCGUAAACUGGAGGAGGCUACCGGUACUGCUCCGCCUGUUGCCUGGGCCCACGAGUGUCACCUCUGCAUGCAAAGCAUCGAACAGCCGGAGCGUUCACGGCUAGGCUGCACCAAUCCCACUUGCCGGCUGACCUGCCACAUGCUGUGCCUCGCCAGCUAUCUGCUGGGCGAUGAGCCCGGCCAAUACAUACCCAUUGGUGGCGAGUGUCCGCUGUGCGAGACCCGACUCAGUUGGUCCGCCCUGCUGCAGCGGAAACGUCUCCAGCUGGGAGUGCCCGAGGAGAUGCAUGACAACGAAGAGGAGGACCUGAGCGAUGAUGGGCCCGAUGUGGACAGCGAUGUAGAGGUCCAAGAAUUCAGUGAUUAAUGUGAUGUCCUGUCUUAGUAUUUUACGAGGAUUUUUAACAGAAAACCCAUCGACGGUAAAAUAGCGCUGUAAAAGUGUCAGUUAGAUUAGAAAUGUGGACUUUUAGUUUGAAUCUCAUUUUAAUCAGCUUCUCCCAUGGUGGGGGGCCCUUGCCGAUAAAAAAAACGUUGGUAAAAUCAUAAAUAUCGUUAAAAGCUCAAGCAAUAUUUGUUUAUUUAUAUAUAAAUAAUGUUUGUAAUAUAUCCCCA